CUUGUCCAAAUCUUUCCGACUUCUUUAAGAGAUGAACAUAUAUUCGAGUCACAAUGCAGCUACAAAUUUUAAAAACAAGGAUAACAUAAUUGAAACUUUAUCAUAUUGGCAAUAUGAUAAUAUAUCCUCAUCACCUCGUUUUGAUCCAUAACUCAGAAAACUCUAACGUUGAGAUGUAGGAGAAGCUUGGUAAGAAGCCAAAUGCCGUUACCAUUAACCGUGCAAGCAGCAUAUAUGAUCUUCAAGAAGAGUCUAUCUAUAUGUUAUAUUCUUCGGGACUGAAAUCACACGGCGGACAUAGAUCAUCGAUUACCGACCCCAUAGAGAAUUAAGGACGGCAUUGUCUAAUUCCGUUUAAUAGAGUGAAGCUGUUAUUCUACUGGCCGCUUAAUUUACCUAUAUUGUCACGGAUCUGUAAGCGCCGUCCCCCCUGAUUGGUAUUGUAGCGUUGCGCCUAUAAGUGAGUGAAAGACUCCUAGAUUAUACAAGGACUAUUAUCUCGAUGAGUUCGUCUUAGUUGCUUCAAACGUGAGCCAACGCAACUAUGAAGGUGCAAUCGAUUAUUCUCGGUCUUACGGCUCUGGCCUCUGGCCAUACCAUCUUUCAGAAGGUGUCUGUCAACGGAGCUGAUCAGGGUCAGCUGAAGGGUGUUCGCGCACCGGAUAGCGAUUAUCCCAUCCAAAAUGUCAACGAUGGCUCUUUUGCUUGCAACAAGGACCUUAAACAUCUUGAUAGCACCGUCAUCACCGUUCCGAGUGGAGCAAAAGUCGGAGCUUGGUGGGGACAUGUCAUCGGAGGAGCGCAAUCAGCCAACGAUGCCGAUAACCCUAUCGCGAAGAGUCACAAAGGACCAAUCAUCGUCUACCUCGCUAAGGUAGACAACGCUGCUACUGCCCAACCGACGGGUCUUAAGUGGUUUAAGGUUGCUGAAGAUGGUUUGAGCAACGGACAGUGGGCAGUCGACAAGAUGAUUGCUAAUAACGGAUGGCACUACUUCACGUUGCCUACAUGUGUUGCACCGGGUGACUACCUCAUGCGAGUUGAGCUUAUCGCACUCCACGGUGCGCAGAUGCCAGGACAAGCCCAGUUUUAUAUGGAAUGCGCUCAGAUCCGUGUUACUGGCUCCGGAACCAAUGCCGGUUCGAACUUUGUAAGCUUCCCUGGGGCAUACAAAUCGAAUGAUCCCGGUAUCCAGGUAAACAUAUACGAUAACUCUGGAAACCCAUACAUGGGCGGUCAGCAGUACAAGAUUCCUGGCCCGCCGGUUCUCACUUGCUAGUGAUGAGACUGUAUUUGAGGUAUUCGAGGAUGCAAUCUAGGGACAUGCGAUCAUUAAGACCCCCGGUACAAUGUAUAGCUACAAGUGUAGCUAUCCAUAGAUAGGAUACCAAAUAUGUGGUAGAAUACAUGAUGUAUUGAUGAUUGAUAAAGAUAAAACCAUCGUGAGAAAUAGGCCACCGGUGCUCACAUAAUACUAGCGAGCUCUAUCAAAGCCACAAUCCUUUAACCGUAACAGCAAAUUAUUUUACGAGGCACUAUUAGGCAACAUUUCGAUAUCUUAGAACUAGAUAGGUCGGGGGACUCAAGAAGCUGGUUGUGAAUCUAGGUAGAAGGCUUUACCUUUAUAAUCUUAACAAAACCUGGC